UUAAUGGGAAAACUACAGUUUUGGAAAUUUGUGGCUAAGCAAGCUCAGGCUUUGGAGGGGGUGGGCUGCUGAAGGAUAUAGCAUGAGAUGUGCAGCAGCCUUAAAUUCUCACUGCCUAUCCUGCGAAGGGCAGGAAAUUCCCCAACCUGUGCAAGGUGUCCCUUGCUUCAUUAGACUUGAAGAAAUCAUUUCCUGAAGUAACAAUGGUCUUUCCUUGAACUCCGACUGGAAGAGUUUGAAAGCACAGCUUUGCUAUUCCCAGAUGGCUCUGCAUCCUGGGAAGCAGCAGCAGCCCUGAUUUCGCUAGAAGUUCAUAAUUCAUAACUUUGGCCUUUUCCUAGUUAGUUUUGGCGUUACGUCACUGGGGUGGCCUCGGCAAAGGCAGCACCGGCAGCCCCCGCCUCGGCCUGCUGGGCAAGCCUCCGUUUUCCUGGCACAGAGACAGGGAGAGAGGGGAGAAGGUUGAAUUGAGAGAUUUUGUAGGCAAACCACAAAGACAAGGGGGGCAGCCGAGUCUGCCGGCCCUCACGGGCGGCGGAACGCUCCUGAGCGGGGCCGGGCUGCGCGCCGGAGCGCCGCCGUCUCCGCGGCAACCGCCGGGCCGCGGGAAGAUGUCCGCGGAGGGCGGGCGAGGCGCGGCCCGCGUCCUGUUCCGAGCCCUGCCGCAGAAAACCUUCUCCUGCCUGCAGGACAGGGACAUCGCGGACCGACUCCUCAAAUGGUCCAUGCAAGGCAGGAUCACAGCACAAGCGUUCAGUUUUGACCAGCAGUUUAAGCCCUACCAAAAGGAUGAGUUUCUUAUGGCAUUUUUUAAUGAUCAAAGUGUGAACUCCAGUUUAAAGUUGCUGUCAGCUUCAGGACAAUGGACUACAUUGGGUUCCAAAGUGACAAAAAUUGAAGCUACAGUGGUACCCUGUACACAGAUUUCCAUGUCAUUUUUUGAUCGGCUGUACUCUGAAGGAAUUGUUCGAAAAACUGGAACUAUUGUGAAAUGUUAUGAUGACUAUUAUGAUGAUAUUCUCAUCUCUGAUGAAUUAAGGAAGGUCUUGCUUCUGGAGGAUUCUGAUCAUUAUGACUUAUUCACUCAAUUGGAUCGCGAGGAGUUCCUGUUCUGUCUUUUCAAGCAUUUUUGCAUUGGAGGAACUCUUUGCCAGUUUGAAGAUGUAGUUGACCCAUACUUAGAAACUACAAAAGCUUUUUAUAAAGACUUGGUGAGUGUUCAAAAGAACCCUGAAACAAAAGAAAUACAUAUUAUUUCUACAGUCUUCAGAGUGUCUGCAUAUAUUUCUAUGUCUAGGUAGAUGGACAUUAAAGAGCUCCCCUAACUGUGUUGGCUUUAAGUUAAAUAACAUCAGUACUAUGAAGAAAGAAACAACAACCAAACUUUAGCAACUUUUUGUAAACAAAAUAGAUGGACAAAAGAAGAUCCAGUGUCAAUGCAGAGCAGGCUAUCUGCCUUGUACCCUUGAAGGAAAAUUGGGCAUUACUGCACGUUCUGAAAAUUUGUGGGGUGAAGAAUAAUUCUGAAAUUACGGUUUCUAUUAAAGAACAUCCUGAAGAAUUUUCUCUCAGAAACCAGAAAGGCUUAAACAGUGGAUCUUUACUGUUUGACGAUUAUGUGGAUCAAAACUACUCCACUCCGCUUGGCACAUACAGGAAGGACACUUCCUGGAGCACAAAUGUCUUGUGUUUGUGAUGAAAAGUUUCUCUUGAGGAGAUAACUACAUUUCUGCAGUGGAUUUCGUUUCUGAGUUCAUUUGAUAAGUAACUGUAGAGUGUUAUUAUAACACUUAUGUUGAGCUGACAAUUUUUAAGCCAAGUGUUCUUGGUUUAUAUCUGGAAGAAAAGAACAUAACCUCCUAGCCUGAUGUAAAUAGAUAAAUAAUUUUUUAAAUAAAUAAAUUUUUAAAAGCUCAUCUUGUAAAAGUGACUUGUGCAGCUGAACACUAUUUAAAAACGGUAUCUAAAAAAGCACACUAUUAGAGAUGUAAAUAUCUCAAGGUUUUAAGUUAUAGUUCACAGAAUCACAGAAUAUGCUGAGUUAGAAGGGACAUACAAGAAUGCUCAACUCCUGGCCCUGCACAGCACAUCCCCAAACUUCACACCGUGUGCCUGAGAGUGCUGUCCAAACACUUCUUGAACUCUGUCAGGCUGGUGCUGUCAGACCACUUCCCUGGGGAGCCUGUUCCAGUGCCCAAACACUCUCUGGAUGAAAAACCUUCUCCUGCAAUCUAACCUAAAUCUCCCUUGACUCAGCUUCGUGCUGUUGCCUCAGCUCCUGUCCCUGGUCACCAGAGAGAAGAGAUCAGUGCCUGCCCUUCUCUUUCCCUCACCAGGAAGCUGUAACUGCAGUGAGGUCUCCCCUCAGUCUCCUCCACGCUGAAGAGAGCAAGUGACCUCAUAUGCCACUCCUCAUAUGGCUUCCCCUUAAGGUCCUUGACCAUCAUCAUUGCCCUCCUUUGGACACUCUCCAAUAGUUCAUUGUCUUUCUUGUGGCACCCAGAGCUGCCCCCAGCACUGGAGGUGAGGCUGCCCCAGCUCAGAGCAGAGGGGACAAUCCCCUCCCUUGCCCAGCUGGCCAUGCUGGGCCUGAUGCCCCCAGGACAGGGUUGGCCCUCCUGGCUGCCAGGGCACUGCUGCCUCAUGUUCAACCUGCCACUGACCAGGAGCCCCAGGUCCUUUUCUGUGGCACUGCUCUCCUGCAUCUCAUUCCCCAGGCUGUCUGUACAUCCAGGGUUGAACCGUCCCAGGUGUAGAAUCCAGCACUUUCCCUUCUUGAACUUCCUAUGGUUAGUGAUUGUCCAGCCCUCUAAUUUCUUGAGGUUUCUGUUACAAAGCUCUGUAGUCUUUAGCAUCAAAACCUGAUAGACCUGGGCAUCACAAGAGAAAUAAUUUUAGAUCUUGUGACAAAGUACUCUGAAUGAACUCCAAAUACCCUUGAGAGCUCUGGAGCUUUGCAUAUAAUGAAACACUUUUACAGCUGAAGUAUUGGAAUGCUUACUGAUAUUUUAGAACUUUCUUUAUCUGAACUCAAACUGUGGCAGUGUUAGAAAUCAGAAUAAUGCAGAGUUUAUUCAAGAAGUAGUUAAAAAAAUUGUCAAUUACAUUAUGCAGUUUUGAGAAUGUUCAGCAGUAUUUUUAUUUCUGUUUUAAAUCAUCAGCUGUGUUGCUACAAGGAAAAAUAAAAUUAUCCUACUCUAACAUCAGUAAAUCAAUCAUUACACCCCCUGCAUGUGUGAACCAAAGUCCACACUGCAGAUGAAAUUGGUAAGAUUCUUAACUUGUGUACAUGCAUAAAUGUAAAUAUCAGAGCUUUUAUGUUCAAGCAUUUUAGGCAUUUUAUGACUUCUUUUGGGAAUUAAAAUAAAUUUGAGAACCCUUUUCAUUUAAUUAGGUUAUAUUAUUUUCCUGAUACCACAUUUGGUAUAUUGCUUGAAAUGCCUCAUCACCAGAACUUACAUUGUUUUUGUUCUUGAGUUGUUGAACAAAUUUUUAGUGGGCUCACACUGCCUCUAAACAGUCAAAACCUCAACUGCCAUCCAUCAGUUCCACAAAGACUGCAGGAGUGGGAUCCUCCGUAGCAAUGGGAAGAGUUUAACAAGCAAUCACAUCUUGAUGUUGCUCUUAUUUUUUUUCUUUGGUUACAUGCAUGAGCUUAGGUUAUUUUUGGAUCAAAUUCCAAAGGCCUUUUGAUGCUGAGCACUAUAAAAUCUUAAAAUUUGCUCUCCUUACUGCAGUUGAGAAUCCAGUGUUUGUUACACAUGUAUCAUUAAAAAAACACCUAAAGAGAGCUAGG